UCUCUCUUGUCUCUGCUCUUGGAACAAUAUAACCUCAAAAAACUUGUAAACAAAUCAUGAACACAUCUACAAAAACACAAGAAAAUGAAGGAAAACCUCAAUGCAGGUACUUCGUGCCAAGGAAAAAGCGGUUGUGUCGAAUGACUGUACGUCCCGGCAAGAACUACUGCGGAGAACACGAGCCGGAGCCGCAGGAGAACGGUGAUGGAGAGCCUGACAACCGUGUACCCUGUCCAUUAGACCCAAAACAUACUUGCUACGCCAGUAAGCUAGAGAAGCACCUGCAGAUAUGCAACGCGAAGCAAGGCGCCGUGCCGGAGUACAUCGUGCACAACAUCAAUGCUCCUACGGAGACAACCUCGCCGCCGCGGAGACCCCUGAGUCAAAUACCCAAGGAAGAUUUGCUACAGCUCAUUCAGAAAGUCAAUCACUUGUAUGAAAUGCACAUAGAAGGCAACAUCGAGACCCUCCCCCCGCGGGACAUCCACCCAGUGGUGCUGCCGGAGUUCUCGGAGCCGGAGCGCACGGAGGCGUCGCGGAGACACCUGCGCCAGGCCUCGCGCCUGCUGCGCCUGCUGGAGGAUGAGGGGCUCGUGCAGGACCACACCUGCUAUGUUGAGCUGGGGGCUGGGAAAGGUCACAUGUCGUACUACGCGUGCCGCGCGUGGUGCUUGGAGGGCGCGGACAGCAUCACGCUGCUGGUGGACCGCGCCGCGCUGCGCCACAAGCGGGACAACAAGCUCAAGGAGCGCUCGGUGGUGGUGCGUGUGCGCGCGGACCUGGCGCACCUGUCGCUGGCGCGCGUGCCCGCCGCCGCCGCGCGCCGCGCCGUCGGGCUGGCUAAACAUCUGUGCGGGGUCGCCACUGACUAUGCACUCCGCUGCCUGACGUCCCCCGAGUCCCUGUCAGCGGCGCGCGGCGCGGCGCUCGCCACGUGCUGCCACCACCGCUGCGACCGCGCCGCCUUCAUAGCGCCACAGCAGAUGCAGGAGCUGGGCAUCAGCGACGAGGAGUUCAACAUCCUACUAGGCAUCGUCUCGUGGGCCACCUGCGGCGACGGGCGCAGCCGCGAGACUCGCAACAACAGCCCCAACGCCACUGAGAAUAACGCCGAGACAACCCACACUGUCUCCAACAGUACCGAUAAUGACACGAGUGUGAAAUGUGAGGGAAAGUAUUUGUCUUUGAGCCAGGAGUGCCGGGAGGCGGUGGGGCGGCGGGCCAAGGCGCUCAUCGACUGGGCGCGGGUGCUCUACUUGAGGUCUCGCGGGUUCGAGGCGCGGCUCUGCUACUAUGUACCCACUAGCGUGUCCUUAGAAAAUGUCUGCAUUAUUGCCAAGAAAGAUAGCUGAUUGUUGAAGUAUUUUAUUUAUUCUGUAAUUUUAUUUUAUUAUGAGAUUAGGUGAAGGUGAAAGUGCAAUAAAACAGCAGUUGUUGAAAAUA